AUGGCAUCCUCGUUCCCAGGCGUUGCGGACACUUCUGGACUCAAUGGUGCGGAGAUGGCUGUGUUGGUUUGUGAGCUCGCAGAGGUUGGCUGGGCGGCGCUGAAGCGGAUCGAUGGGCUGCUGAAAGCCAAGGCGCACUCAAAAGCGUUCAUCGGUAAUUCGGACGAGCUAUCUAUGAUUCUAUUUAAAGAACGUCUUUUCGAGCUCGUGGGGAUGCUCGAGAAUGCCAAUAUGCUGGCUCCGAGGAAGCAAAUCAGGUAA